AUUUCACCACGCAGACUCGUUUGAGGUUAUGUUUCUGUUAUAAACUUCGGAAUUGUCUUUCUAUUCAUAAAAAUUAGGAUUUUACCUCUAAUCUCCGUCAACAUGUCCAUUUUCCUCCAAGCUACCAAAAAUAUCAAUGUGCCUUCUUCAUGCUAAAAAAGCGAGACAUUCAGCCCUCAAACCGUCUGAGUUAUAUAGAAAUUGAAUACACUUCAGGCAUGAUUCGACCUCAUAUUGAAACUUUUUCACAGAUUUUGUCAUGAAGAAAAGGGAAAAUCCAAGGAAUAUCCUAUUGAUUUCAAGAGACGAAUGUGAUACCUUCUUGUCUUCCUGCGUUUUUUUUUUCAACCGGAGCCUCAUAGUGAACACGCUGCGAUUCUUGUGGUAAAAGGAGAAUGAUCCAGUGUGGGGCUUCGCAUUUCCCCUCUAUAGACUUUCGCAUUCCCCCCGUGAUAUUUCUGGGCUGUUGAAUUGGCAAGGUGAAAAAGUGCGAAUGGUGCCCUACUGUAUCCCAUCGCGAAUGGGGCAGUGACUGGGUUCUGCUAUUUUUUUUAGCAUUUCUUCAUAUGUAUCUGCUAUCUUUAUCGUGCGACACCUACUCUUCUCUAUAAAAAUCAUGCCUUUCAGCGUUGCCGCUCUCCGUCGCGGUUAGGAAGUGCUCCGGUCAGGUCCUUUCCGGCUGAGAGUCAAAGUCAAGCUGGUUUGGAAUAUUUGCAGGAAAAAGAUAUGGGAAUCCGAGAGACAAUGACAUCGUUUUAUUGAAAUGUCAAUAGGGAGCGAGAGAGAUAACACGGACCCGUGCUUCCCGAAUCCUUGUGGGGCGCACGCGAAGUGUCGGGCCAGUGGUGGCCAUCCCGUGUGCACGUGCAUCUACUACGGGAACCCCGAGACGAGCUGCUUCGAGGGUGAAUGCGUCGAGACUCACGACUGCAGCGACGAUCGAGUGUGUAAGGAUUUCCACUGCACGGAUCCGUGUCCGGAGACGUGCGGGACGGGUGCCCAGUGCAUCGUCCGGAGACACGUCCCCGUCUGCACCUGCCCCGCGGGUCACACCGGCGAUCCCUUCGAACGGUGUCGACGACUCGGCCCCGAGGAGCUGUGCGAUCCGUCGCCGUGCGGGAGAAACUCCAAGUGCGAAGUUGCAUUCCAUCUGGCCAUCUGCUCCUGCCUUCCCCAUUUCUUCGGCAACCCCGUCCAAGGGUGCAGAGCGGAGUGCGAAACGGAUUCCGCCUGUGCACAGACGCAAGAGUGUCGGCUGUACAAGUGCGUGAACCCUUGCACGGAUGCGUGCGGGGAGAACGCGGAGUGCCGUGUGGAACAUCACCGGGCCAUCUGCUCCUGCCCCAAAGAUUUCCUGGGAGACCCUCGAAUCCGAUGCUACGCGGAAUGUACGGUACACGUGGAGUGCGCCUAUCACCAGGCGUGCGUUCACUUCAGAUGCGCGGACCCAUGCGUGGGGGCGUGCGGGAUGAACGCAGAAUGCCGCGUGGAGAACCACAAGCCCAUCUGCACCUGCCCGAAAGGCUUCACGGGUCAUCCCUUCGAUCACUGCAGGCCCUUAAAUCCAGUAUGCGGAAAGAAGGCAAGUCAAAUUCAACUAUCCGCAGGAGGAAAUCCAUCUGAAAUUGGAGAAUGGCCAUGGCAAGCGGCCAUUUAUGACAUCAAGAAAGGAGAUGUUAUAUGUGGAGGGGCUCUCAUUAGGGAAGAAUGGGUGCUAACAGCUGCCCAUUGUGUCGUUGUAGAUGGUUCCAUCAGAACUCGGCACUCUGAAGAAAUUUUUGUCUACCUUGGGAAGCAUUAUCGAUCUUACAUCAAAAAAGACGAACACGUGUCUCGCAUAAUCUUGCACAAGGAAUUCAACUUUUAUAAUAACUACGACUCGGAUAUAGCUUUAUUGAAACUAAGAAGACCUGCUGUGCUAACGGCGCGAGUUCAGUUGGUAUGUCUCCCAAACCGAUUUGAUUUAUCUGAAGCAAUCCUCGACAGUGGAGUGCCAGGAUGGGUGGCUGGUUGGGGUUAUGACGGAUCGGAUGAACUCGCAGCUGUCCUGACGGAGGUUCAACUCCCAGUGGUAUCUAAUCGCAAAUGUGUUCGGGACACCCUUAAUUUCACGGGAGACCCCGGCGUCACUCGUACCCUCACCUCAAAUAUGUUCUGCGCUGGUUUUUCCGCGGAUACUCCUAUUGAAGAUUUUCGAACGGUGUGUCCUGGGGACUCGGGGAGUCCCAUGGUCUUCUUCUCCAAUACAUCACAGGACAGCCACUGGACGAUGGAAGGGAUUGUGAGUCACUUUUUCCAGAAAGGUGCUUGUUCCAUGAGACGCCCUGGGCAGUAUGGCAUUUUCACCAAAGUUAAUAGGUUCACCCAGUGGAUCAACAGGGUAAUACAUAGUGGCUUCUGACAAAUCACAAUUGAUUCAACUAUAUGCAAAACCUUGACAACCGAAAUGAAAAAAAGUCAUUUUCAAAAGCCUUCUGCAUUUUUGCCAAUGCACAAACGCACAC